AUGGUCCCCACUGACCAGAGAAUGCGUAACUUGUACGGUGGUGACGGCAAACGUGUAGCGAAGGGCAGCCGGACGCUGACGACGCAGCGAGUGACCGCGCCGCGGAGCGCCGCUGCGAGUUGGCUCGCCCGGGUGCUCGGGGUGCGGUGUCUGGCCAGAGCGGAGCGACUGGCCGCGUCUCUUGGCGUCGCGCGGCUUGGCGCUGCCGCGGCCUUGGGCCACCGUGUAAUUACUCGGCCGCCGGGCCGCGCCGCGCCCGUUUCGCAACACGCGAUGCGGUCCCGUCCCUCGCGCCACGCACACGCGCUGCGCUGUCUCCACGUCGCUACCUCAGCUGUUACCUGCACUCUGCUGUCGUACGUCUACGGAGGCCUCAGCAUGUGCGUCUGUCCGCAGCAGCAGAAGUUCCUGAAGCGGACGGCGGAGGAGCUGGAGGGCGGCGCCGGCGGGGGCGGCGGCGCGCCCGCUGCCGAACCGCUCACCAAGUUCUCCGUCGAGAUCGUGCAGCAGCUCGAGUUCAGCGCCGGCCCCGGCACCGGCACCGGCAACAUCUCCACCAACGUCACCGUCAAGGCGGCCGCCGCCACUGUCAAGAGCACCGGCUCGGGGGCGCCCGGGGGCGGCGGUGGCGGCGGCGGCGCUGGUGGCGGGGGCGGAGGAGCGGCCCCGGGGGCGGACCCUGCGGGUGCCGCCACGACCGCGACGCCGUCGCCUAAGCCAGCGGCGCAGCCGCCUCCCGACCUCGGUGCGCUCGUGGAGUGCAAACAGGAGCAGAUGGACAGUGAGUUCGUGGACUUGGAGCAAUGCGCCGCCGCGCUGGAGAAGGACGCCAACGGCGGCGUCACCUUCCCCGGCCUGUCCGACCUCAUCGGCGACGACACCAGCGACGAGAUCAUCACCUCCGAUGCCUUCAACGACCUCAUCUCCGAGAUUUCCGACUUCCACUCGGAGUUUAUGAAGGAGUUCGAUUUCGACGACCGAGGCGGUAGCGGAGGCGGUGGAGGUGGGGGUGGCGGCGGUGCCGGUGGUGGUGAUGCGGGGGCGGGUCGCGAGGACGACAAGACGGGCGUGCUGACGGCGCCGCAGGCUCAGCAGCAGGUGUCGGGGCGGCUGGCGCCGUACACGCUGGACUUCAGCAAGGCGGAGCUGAGCCCGGCGGCGCAGACGCUGAAGCAGAUGGCGGAGCAGCACCAGCACAAGGCGCAGCUGGGCUUCGGCCGGCCCGCGCCCGGCGCCGCGCCGCCGCCGCCGCAGCGAUCGCCCUACGACUUCCCCUUCGGAUCGCCGGCCGGCGACUACGGGCCGGCCGGCGCUGGCGGCGCGCAGGUGAAACAGGAGCUGUUCGCGGGCGGGCAGCAGGCGCCGCCGGGGGUGGGCCGGCAGCCGCCCCCGCAGCAGCAGCAACAACAGCAGCAGGGACAGCAGCAGCAACAGCAGCAGCAGCAGCAGCAGCAGGCGCCGGCGCCGCAGCAGCUGUCGCCGGGCGGCGGCUACCCGGGGCCGAAGCUGGGCGCGGCGGGCCCGGGCCCGCAGUACUCGCCGCAGUACGGCGCCGUGCCGGCCGGCGCGCAGUACCGCCCCCAGCCGCCCCCGCAGCCGCCGCAGCCCGCGCCCGGCGUGCCCAGCGCGCGCCAGCCCGCCGCGCCCGGACUCUCGCUCAGCCAGGCGCAGCAGCUGUCGCUCCAGCAGCACCACAUACAGGUGACGGCGGGCCAGCAGCUGCAGCUGUCGGACCUGAAGGGCUACCUGGGCGAGUACGCGGCGUCGGCGUCGCAGUCGCAGACCAUCAACUUCACGCAGCAGAGCCUGCAGCAGCGCGCGGCCGCCUCUCGGGCGCCGCUGCGGCCCGGGCCGCCGCAGGGCGCGCGCCCGCCGCCGCCCGAGUACAAGGCCGUGCCGCCCGCGCUGGCCCAGCAGCCGCCGCCGCAGCAGCAGCAGCGCUUUGCCAUGCGCCGCCCGCCGCACCAGCCCAUGCCGCCGUCCGGUCCAAUGAUGCGACCACAGAUGGUGGGAGGUGGCUACCUGCAGCAGCAACAGGCCAUGGCAGGCCUCGGUGUCGGUGUCGGGGUGGGGGUGGGAGUGGGAGUGGGUCUGGGUGUGGGGCCACACCGCUACGGUGGCCCGCAGGCCCAGGGGGCACCACCGCCACAGCAGCAGCGCCAGCAGCGGCCGCCCAACGUCAGCGUUGGGCCCGACACGGGGCUCGGGGCCCGCCAGGAUUGGAGGCACCUCCUUGUCUCACAGCAGCAGAGCGCUGUCUUCAGGAAUGGAGCCGGCUCGGCUGCUGCUUUCCAGCAGCAGCAGCAACAGCACUUGCACCAAGGGUCCUUCAGUAUGGCUCAGAUGCAGCAACAGCAGCAGCAGCAGCUCGUAGCAUCUAGGAACCAGGGCAUGCCGACAUUGCAGCAGAUGAUGUCGCAACAGCAGCAGAUGGGCAUGCCCCCAGGACCAGGCCCUGGUCAGAUGUCAAUGAACCUGCAGAUGUCACAGUCGCUAUCUGCGAGUGGAGUGCCACCUCACCAUACUUCCUCUCACCUCCCCCCGUACGUCAGCAGCCCAGUGCUACAGCAGCACCCCACCACCACCCCAGUGAGCUCUGCUUCAAACUCACAGCCCCCACCAGACUUCAGUCUCGAGUUCCUCGAACAGUUGCCGUCAGGAGAUUCGAGUCAGUUUUCAGCCGCAGAACUUCUUAAUUCCCUCGAUGCAGGGUCGUCAUUUAAUUUUCAAGAUAUAUUAUAGGAAUGGUUUUAGGUGCUCUGUGCACCGUAAUGCGGCAGCAUUUUCUAGAGUGUGACUGUGUUGAGUUCUGAGUCCAGGUCCUUCACUUGGUGGACAAUCUUAGUGAAUCACAGACAUACAGCAGUUACCAAAUAAAUAAGAUGCAGUAAGGGUGAUCAUUAGAAAAUAGUUAAAGUGACCUGUCAGACGGAGGAUUUAGAAGAGGAGUGAUACUGAGCGGUUAGGAUCUCGAGAGCUGAACAUGACAUUAACAUUCCAGUAUUUGUUCUGUCAAGAGAGUCUAGUUUGGUUUGACUGUUGUACGAGAACUCAUCUCGUAAAGUGUAGAAUGUAACGAGGGACACAUUUAGGAAAUACAUUGGACAAUCGGUGAAUUCACUUUUAGUUAUGGCUGUGUGUAUCUGUAAGAAACAACAGUGUGGUAUAGUGGAACACUGAUAUUUGUGAUCUAGACCUGCAAGUCUGUUGUGAGCAGAAAUUCAACAUUGUGUCCUAUUACAGUGCACGUACACUAGCUAUCAAAUAUUGUAAUUUUAUUUAUGUAAUUCAAAUGAACAUUUCUCAUAUGAGCAGCUGGGGCAAACACAGAUAACUGUAACCUCAAAUAUACAGAUACAAACACAACAUCCUGAGCUUAAAACCCUGGCUAAACCUCAGAUAUAAACUUAAGAAACAGUGUUGCUGUUUUUCUGUUUUUAUGCUGAUUGCACAAUGUUGCCCACUUAUACAUACUUGUGUUCUCUUGCCAGUGCUUUCCAUUGUUUUUGUUGUAGUUAAAUUCAUUUAUAUUGAAUCAAACAACUCAAAUAAUUUUUGACCCAGUUUAAAUUGCCAUGAAAUCUUUAAUGUUUAUUGAACAGCAAUGCUUUCACGAAACACUGCAACCAUGAUGUGGUAAAUCAUUAAAUAUUUAAGAGAUAUUUUCAGUGUGUAAUUAUAUCUUUAAAAUAUGUUAAUUCCUGUCUCAGUUGCUUCAUUUGCAAUAAUUUUUUGUUUAUGGUGUUUAAUAUGCACAAGCUGCAUCAGGAUGUAAAGUGUUUAUCAGACAACUUGUGGCAGAUGCAAGGAAGUAUUCAUGUGAUGCAGUGCAGCUACCUCAGGCUUGUGAAUGCUGUUGAAGUGGAGUUGGGACCACCUCCAACCACCGAAGCUCUCAUUCUAGUAUGGGAUCAACCUUCAAUCAUAUUCUUUACUAACAGAUCAAUUAAAACUUCAUUAAAUGUUGACAGACAAAAAGGAAUCAGUAUUUUUGUUAACAAUUUUUGCUGUUUAUUUUAAGGGCUUGCAAGUAGAAGUUUAUAAGACAUUGAUAGGGAUAUAAAGAACAUAUUAUAUAUACUUAUAAUAUCAUAAUGUAUAUAAUUUAAAAUGAUCCAGAGAAAAAAAAUUGAUGAUAUUAUAAUAAUUGUUGUUCUUUUUGAAGUUAGUGAUACAGAAUGAACAUAACUGUAUGGGAAUGGAAUCAUUCCUGGCAAGUUUCAAGCUGAGCCUGAAGUAGAGUAGGUACUGGUUGAGGUACAGUCAAGCCACAACACCAGUAGUUCGCCAUGUAAUAGGCUCACACCUAGAGAAUGGGUUCAGUAUUAGAUAAUAUGCUUCUGAAAAAGUGUCAGGUUUCUUACAGCGAGUUAUUUUCAUUUUAAGUGAUGAGGGAGGCUGUGAAUGAAACAGUUACUUUUAGGUGGCUCCCUCUUCCCCAUAAGGUCAUUAGGAUCUUCGUAAUUUUGAGACUGCAAUCUAGAGGAUUUCUGUAGCUUUUUUAGAUGUAACUUUGAGGAAAUAGAAAAUUAUUAUGUAUAUUGCAUUGUUAUUGUUUUUUGAGGAAAAGUAAAUAGAGGCCUUUCUAAAGUUAGUGAUUAGACUUUCCAGUGCUAUGGAAAGUUAAUAGUUCAUUUUAACCUUAACUUUGCUAGGAAUUAUCUUAUUCAGACUUUUUUUUUUCUACGUCUGGUAAUAACAUUAGUAUCAUAUAUGCAAUGCAAAUUUUCAUAUGAAGCAGAGAUUUAAACCUGGAGGUUUCAGUAAUAAGGGACUUAGUUUCCAAUUUUUUUUUAGGUUUGAUAAGCAUCUUGGAAAUAAACAAUAUUCCAUUAUUCCAUCAUCUGAAGACAACUAACAAUAAAAUUUUGAAGGCGUUUGAAAUGGACAGGAGAGACACCGAUUCAUUAAAGAAGAGGGGGCAGAAACAUUUUAAUUUGUAUAAUUCUCCUGAUGAUUUCUCCUCCAUUUAUUCUUGAAGUUUUCCAGGUAUAUUUAUAAUGUGUUGUAUUUUAAAUUCUCAGUAUUUUUUAAGAAACAGCCAGUGUAGUCCAAUUCUGCUUAAUCAGAAUGCAUUUGUGUCAGUUCAUUUGAUGUCCUGCCCUUUUUCAGUUACUAGAUUACAGUUUCUAAGUGCACAGUCAUUCCAGUGUGGAUGUAGUUGUGGUCAUAGUUGUUUCAUUUACAGAGGAUUAUUGUAACUGGGUGUCGCCAUUACACAUAAUUAGCCAUAUAUUACUAAGUUCAAAUAUUUUCAGAAUGAUUUUGACAGCAAGAGUAUGGUUAUUAUUCCAGCUGAAGUUGACAAAUGUUUUGGUUUGACUGUACAUCAACCACAUUUCUGGUAUAUUGAUACUCAAUAUGUUGCUACAGGAAAACACCAAAUCUUUUUAACAUUUUGAUGAGACAAAGAGGAGAAAAAGUGUUCUAUGAGGAAACACAGUUUUCACUUCUCAGACUUUAUAUAUGAAUGUACAGUUUUAUGCAGUGUUGUAAUAAGGUGAUAUCUGCGUGUGAAUGUGUGCAGCUGUGCCCUGUAGAAAAUUGUAUCAAUCUGUCAAAAGGGCACCCGCUUCUCUUGCCAAAUGUGUCAAGUACUGUAUGUAUACUUUUAUGAUUAUUUCAAAUGUUGUACAAGAUAGUGUUUUGUAUUUGUUCUGUAUUAAGUUUCCAUGCAAAAUUAUACAAACGUUAUAUUAUUAUAUAAUAUAUAUACAAGUUUAUCUAAAUUGAUUA